AGAAAAGGCACACGCCGGUUGGGUGGGUCCGGGGCGGUGACGGUGGACCCGCGAAGCUGGGGAGAGCUGCGCCGUGCUUCUCUGGGCCCGGACACGCGAAGAACUUGCGCACCAACUUGUGGCUGUGCGAACAGAACCCAAGCGAUCGGGAGGCCGGGAGGCCGAGGUCGGCCGGGAGCCCGGCAGCCCGACUCGCUUCCUGGCCCCCUUCCUCCGGGAGAAUGUCAAGAGACCAAGCCAGCUGGAAAAAUGAUCUUUCCAACAGACAUGUGAUAGCCUCAACCCAAACCAAAGAAGGUCUAAAGCUUGUGAUGAUAAGUGGAGAUGUUAUUUAUUUCCAGGCCGAUGUCAUUGUCAACACUGUUCCCAUGAAUCUUCAGCUUGGAGGAGGACCACUAUCUCAGUCUCUUUUGCAGAAAGCUGGUCCAAAGCUCCAGGAAGAGUUAUAUGCCACCAGGCAGGGAACAGAGGAGAAAGUGGGUAGCAUAUUCAUGACAAGUGGCUGCAAUCUGAACUGCAAAGCUGUGCUCCAUGUCGUGGCACCAGGCUGGGAUAAUGGAGCAGGGUCUUCUCAGCAGAUCAUGGCAAAUAUAAUCAAGAAAUGUUUGACAACUAUGGAAGAGUUAUCUUUUUCAUCAAUCACAUUUCCCAUGAUUGGAACAGGAAAUUUGAGUUUUCCCAAAGCUACUUUUGCUGAACUAAUCCUUUCAGAAGUGUUCAAAUUUAGUAGCAGUGCAUGGCUGAAAACCUUACAAGAAGUUCACUUUCUGAUACAUCCAGGUGAUAACGAAAUCCAUCAGGCAUUUUUAGAUGAAUUCACUAAAUGGUCAAGAGGAAAUCCUGACAAGGACAGGAUUCUCAUGGCUGGAGAUGGCCAAGGAAUCUUCAAGACUGUCUCCGACCCUGGGUUCAUAGCAUAUGAAAUGAAAAUUGGUGCAGUUACUUUCCAGAUUGCUACUGGAGAUAUUACCAAAGAAAAGGCAGAUGUGAUUGUAAACUCAACAACAAGGACAUUUAAUCUGAAAUCAGGGGUGUCAAAAGCAGUUUUGGAAGGUGCCGGACCAGCUGUGGAAAGUGAAUGUGCUGUACAAGCUGUACAGCCUCACAGAGAUUUUAUAAUUACACAAGGUGGAUACUUAAUGUGCAAGAUAAUAAUUCAUGUUCUUGGGGAAAAUGAUGUCAGAAAAACGGUUUCCACUGUUCUGGAAGAGUGUGAGCAGAGGAAGUACACUUCUGUUUCCUUUCCAGCCAUCGGAACAGGCAACGCCAGAAAAAACCCAGUCAUAGUUGCUGAUGACAUGAUCAGUGCUAUUGUAGACUUCGCCUGGAAACAUUCCACGCCAUCAUUAAAAAAAGUUAAAGUUGUCAUCUUUCUGUCUGAACUGCUAAAUGUAUUCUAUGACAACAUGAAAAAGAGAGAAAAUUCUGCAUCACCCGUCUUUCAGUCCACAUUCUUCGAGACUGCAUAUAAUAUUCCUGAACACUGGACUGACAUGAAUCAGCAGCUGUCCUGUGUGAUCGAACUACAACCCGGACAGUCAGAAUACGACACCGUAAAGGACAAGUUCUCCGAGACUUGUCUUUCCUACAAAAUAGAGAAGAUAGAGAGGAUACAGAAUAUAUGGCUCUGGAAGAGCUACUAGAUAAAGAAAAAGCAUAUGGACAUCAAGAAUGGCCAUACAGAUAAUGAGAGAGUCCUAUAUCAUGGGACAGCUGCAGACUCAGUGCCAUAUGUCAAUCAGCAUGGCUUCAAUCGCAGUUAUGCUGGGAAGAAUGCUGCAGCCUAUGGAAAGGGAACUUAUUUUGCUAUUGAUGCCAGUUAUUCUGCUAAUGAUAAGUACUCCAGACCAGACAGCAAUGGGAGAAAGCAUAUUUAUGUUGUGCGAGUACUUACAGGAGUCUACACACUUGGAUAUGCAGGAUUAGUUACCCCUCCAUCAAAGAACCCUCACAAUCCCACAGAUCUGUUUGACUCUGUCACAGACAAUGUACAACAUCCAAGCCUAUUUGUGGUGUUCUCUGAUAAUCAGGCUUACCCAGAAUAUCUCAUAACUUUUAGGUGUUGAAAAAUAGGUUUUUUUUUUUAAUCUCAAAGAGAUGAUUUAGUCGUCUAUUCAUAAAAACAAUUUAUAGGGGUUUUGUCUUUGCCUUUGGCCUGUUUUUAUAGAUAAAAAUCUGUCAGGUGCUAAAAUGCUGAAAACAGCCUUUUAAAAAUGCUCUAUUGAAAUUUGCAGCAUACCUCUCUUCAGAGCACAUUGAUGGGUGGAAGCUAAGAAAUGUAGAUGACACAAUUAUAGCUACAGCUAUUUACAGACAGCAAGUCUGUAGGAAAACAAAGAGCACAUUACUUUUUUCUAGCAGAGAAGACUUAAGAUGAAUCACUUUAAAACCAAGCUGUUGUCCUUACAGAACAUGUUAAGACAUCAAACUGUGUUGAGCUCAACUGUACUAUUAAAUGAAUAGGCUGCUGUUGUGCAUCUGUAAUAACUGUGAAUUUUGCCUCCUUAAGAGGCAAGAAUACUUAUUAGCUAAUAGCUUAUUAGCAAUAGCUCAGCUUUUAAUGACAGAAUCAAAGAGUAUUACCUCAAAUCUGUUGUGGAACAAAUCAGGCAAAAAUGUGUUGUACCAUUAUCUAAUGCUACAUAACAAAUUACUACAAAAUUUAGUGGCUUUUUGGGUAAGGAAUUCAGGCAUGGCUUAGCUGGGUCAUUCUAACUUAGGGUCUCUUGACUCAGGAAGUUGAGUCAAGAUGUUGGCAGGGGAUGCAGUCAUCUGAAGGCUUGACUGGGGCUGGAAGAUCUGCUUCUAUGGUGAAUCACUCAAAUAGCUAGACAGCUUUUGCUGGUUGUUGGCAGGAGUCCUCUCCUCUCUAGACUGCUUGCAGCUGGCUUACUCUACAGUCGGCAAUUCAGGAGAGAGAAAAGAAGAAGCCAUGAUAUCUUUUAUGAUCUAGCCUCUGAAGUCAUACUCCAUCUUUUCUACAGUAACCUAUUGGUUACAUAGAUCAGCUCAUUCAGUGUAAGAGGGAAUUACCCAAGGGUAUGGACACCAGGAGGCAGGGAUCAUUGGGGACCAUCUUAGAGGCUGUAUAAAUGAGUGAAUGACUAAUACUUUGAUAAAAUGUUAGCAGUGAAAAGGACUCUAGAGGCCAUCUAGGCCCACUGUCCUCUCAUCUUUCUCUCUCACCUUCUCCUACUCCCAGGGCCAAAAGUCCUUUAGCCUCUGCUUGACCGCUUCUAACACUCCACAUCUUAAGGAUAUUCCAUUUGAGACAGUUCUAAUUAUUGGAAAACUCUUGUUUACAUUGAAUUGAUAUCUGUUCUUCUGAAUCUAUUGCCUGCUAAUCACUGUUCCACCUUCUGGAGGACGCAGUACAUAUCUCAUUCUUUUUACAGAUGGUGGCCCUUCAGAUUCAUCUCUUCCUUCUAUUGGAGUUAGGCAAAUUCUUGAAAUGUUUAGCAGCUUAUUUAUCCUGAAGCAUCAUUUUUUAAGAGUUGAAGACUUUUAAGAUGGGUUUAUAUCAUAAAUAAGCACAUGCACAUUAAAAAGAGUGACGUAUAAAGAAAACAGCACUCUUCACCAUACUCUAUCACCCAUAACUGCAACAUUCAGAGGAAACCACUGCCAACGUUCUUAUGCAUUCCCUUCUAGUUUCUUCUACAUCCACCUUCAACAAAGUCAAAAUCACACUUUAUUCAAUUACUUAAUUAUACAAUAUUGCAUCUACCUUUUUUCAUUUAACAUUGUAUUACUCUCAUGUUAUUAAUUUUCACUAUAAACAUAAUCUUAAUUGCCAAAUUAUUCCACUAUAUAUUUUCCUUCUAUGUAUAUAUAAUUAUAAAGUCUUAAAAUGUCAUAGUCUUUCCUUAUAGUUUAAUAAUCCAGUUCUUCUUUUGUAAUAUAUCUGUAUUAUUUCCCCCAUGUCAUUAAAUAUCUUACAUAUAA